AUGUCUCAUCGAAAAUUUGAGGCCCCACGUCAUGGCUCUUUGGGAUUCCUUCCACGAAAGCGGGCACGUCGUCACCGAGGGAAGGUUAAGUCUUUCCCGAAGGACGACCCUUCAAAACCUGUACAUUUGACUGCUUAUCUGGGAUAUAAAGCUGGAAUGACUCAUGUGGUUCGAGAUUUAGACCGUCCUGGCUCCAAAAUGCACAAGAAGGAGGUAGUCGAGGCGGUCACUAUAAUUGAAACUCCACCGCUCGUCAUAGUGGGUGUAGUUGGCUACGUUGAAACCCCACGCGGUCUCCGUUCUCUAACAACAGUAUGGGCUCAACAUUUAAAUGAAGAGCUAAGACGACGCUUCUACAAAAACUGGUAUCGCGCAAAAAAGAAGGCAUUCACCAAAUACGCCCUAAAACACGCAAACGGCGGAAAGGAUAUCAUUCGUGAAUUAGAACGAAUCAAAAAAUACUGUCAAGUUGUUCGCGUUUUAGCACAUACUCAAAUUCGUAAAAUCAACAUUGGUCAAAAAAAGGCACAUCUUAUGGAAAUUCAGUUGAACGGUGGAACGAUCGCAGAUAAAGUUAAUUGGGCUAAAGAUCAUUUCGAGAAGGAGGUCGAUAUAUCGUCGGUGUUUGAACAGGAUGAGAUUGUUGAUGUUAUUGGUGUGACGAAGGGUAAAGGAUUUGAAGGGGUUACGCAUCGAUGGGGUACGAAGAAGCUUCCGAGAAAGACACAUAAGGGUCUAAGAAAGGUCGCUUGUAUUGGUGCAUGGCAUCCUUCAAGAGUAAUGUAUUCUGUGCCACGUGCUGGUCAGGAUGGAUAUCAUCACCGAACAGAAGUGAACAAGAAAAUUUACCGUAUAGGCAAAGGUGACGAUAAAUCUAACGCGGCUACAGAAUACGAUCUCACUGAAAAAAAAAUCACGCCAUUGGGUGGAUUUCCUCAUUAUGGCGUUGUAAAUGAAGAUUUUAUAAUGAUCAAGGGAGCUUGCGUUGGAGUAAAGAAACGGGUUCUCACGUUGAGAAAAUCACUUAUUACUCAUACUAGUCGAUCUGCACUAGAAAAGUUCAUCGACACUAGUUCGAAAUUCGGUCAUGGUCGAUUCCAGACUGCUGCCGAGAAACAUUCUUUCCUCGGUACACUCAAAAAAGACAUUACUACAUCAUAA